CAAUCUGAUAGUGAAGUUCCUCAUGAUGAGUCCUCCUUUUCAAUAAAGAAACUCCUACCAGGACGAAAAAAAUGGAAGUCUGCUGAAAAGCAAGACCAAGUAUCUUCAGAUGAAGCUGAUAAGGAUGUAGCCUCUGGUGAUGAGGACUCUGAGACACCAGCUGUGGUUCCAUUGUCUGAGUUUGAUACAGUUGAGAUGGAGGUUCACAUACAAACACAGGCAGACGUAGAAAGUCACAUACCCACGGAAGCAGCCUAUGAACUCCAGCAAGACCUUCUUGAUCAGAUAGCUAAACCAGUCCUACCUUGUGACACUCUGCAAACUGAAGCAAAGGAAGUCCAAGACAACAAUGAUGCUUUAGAAAAUCAGGCAUCUAAAACCCCUUCUACAAAGGAAGAACCUGAUGAUCUUACAGAAUCAAUUAGUAAACCACAACUCAGUGACAUUCCAGAGGAGGCCACUCCUGCUUCAGCCACUGAGGAGGCAGCUAGAGAUGACACUAUAGCAGAGGACCUCAUAGAGAUCACAUCUGAGGUCUUCACUGCACCAGAGCCUUUAGACAUUACCCAGGCAGAUGAAACUGAGAUGAUCUCUGCAGUUUCCCAGUUAUCUUCAGAGUCUUCAAAAACAUCUGGCAACACAACACCAGUCCCAGCAGAAUACGACUUCUUGGACACAGAAGUGCUUCUGAAUCAGGUUGUUGAUAACAUCUCUGUAAGGCCAAAAGCAGUUCCAGUUUGUUCAGAUGAGCAAAGAUCUGAAAGAAUAGUUGUUUCUGUUUCGCAUCAAAUACUUGAAACAUUUGUUUCACAAGAAGAGCCAACAAUCCAAGAAACACAAAGAGGACUGGAUGCAACUACCAUUAACACAGUUUUAAAUGUUCAAGAAGUCAUUGCAAUUGAUGAACUUGCAGCUACCACCCAAACAGACAGCAUAUCUGAAGUCAUUGACUCAAUUUCCACAGAGAUUGCAUCUGAAGUUCUUACUGAGGACUUUGACACUGCUGAAAUUGCUAUAGAUGAAAUACAUGAGGUCAAUGUUACACAUCAAGAAGACAGCUUAAAAGAAUUAGAAAGUAUUGAUGAGUACCAUCAUGUGGUUGAAUGUCUAUCUGAGGUAAAUACAGCUGUGUCUACAGAUAUAUUACCUGAAGGUGAUGAAACUUUCCCAGAUAAUGGUUCUUUAGUUGGGACACAUCAAGCUGAAACAGAGCCCCCAAAAAUUGAUUAUCAAGAAGCAGAUUCAGCUGCAACAGUAGCAGAUGAAACUAAGGAUGGGGCAAAAGGGCAGGAAGUCCCAACUCUGACAGAAAAGGAAGAUCAAAUCAUGCACAAAAUCACAGAACAAAUUCAGAUUGAGAAUAAAGACCAACCACCAGUAGUGAAAGCGUUGCAGGAAUUAGCAGCUGUACAAGCUGCUCCAUUAGAUUCAGAGGAAAGUCGUGUUCAAUCGCUUGAAAAGGACAUUAUAUCAGAAAACAUACCAGCAGCCGAAACAGUUGCAUAUGAACUCAAAGAGGAAAUGGUGCUUACUGAAGUCAAUGUUGGACAUGAAAAGAGAGAUGAAAUGGAAACAGAUGCUUCCAAAACUGUACGAGUUCAAGAACCAGAGGUAUUACAAGCAGUACAAACAGCCACUUUAGAUUCAGAGGAGGGCAGUGUUCAAUCACCAGAAGAGGGAAUAAAAUCAGAAAAUAUUUCAGUAGUCGAAACAGUUACAGAGGAACCUCAAGAGGAAACAAUACUUCACACUGAAGUCAAACUUGAGCCAACUGAUGCAUCCAAACCUGAACAUGCUCAAGAACCAGAAGUGCUACAAGCUGUACAAGCUGCCACAUUUGAUUCAGAGGGUGGCAGUGUUCAAUUGCUUGAAAAGGACGUAAUAUCAGAGGACAGGCCAGUCAUUGAAACAUUUUCAUAUAAACUCAAAGAGGAAACAGUGCUAUCUAAAGUUAGUGUUAAGCCUGAAAAGGAAGAUGCACUAGAGACAGAUGCUGCCAAACCUGAACAUGUUCAAGCAUCAGAAGCUGUGCAAGCCUCCACAUUAGAUUCAGAGGAGGUUUGUGCUCAAUCACCAAAAGAGGAAGUAAAAUCAGAAGACAAUGCACCAGCAGAAACAGUUACAGAUGAAGCAAAACAAACAGCAGAUAGUCUCACUGAAGUCACUGUGGAGCCAGAAAGUGAAGAGCUACCAGUGGAUGCUGUCAAAACGGUUCAAGAUCCAGAAGUAUCAGAGUCUGUUCAACCACCCUCAGAUUCAGAGGAGAGCAGUGUUCGAUCACUUGAAAAGGACGUAAUAUCAGUGGACAUACCAGUAGCCGAAACAGUUACAUAUAAAUUCAAAGAGAAAACAGUGCUAGCUGGAGUCAAUGUUGAGCCUGAAAAGGAAGAUGAACGAGAAAAUGAUAUUGCCAAACCUGAACAUGUUCAACUACCAGAAGCAUCAGAACCUCUGCAAGCCUCCACAGUGGAUUUGGAGGAGAGUAGUGUUCAAACACCAGAAGGAGAAGUAAAAUCAAAGGACAUUCCAACAACAGAAACAGUUACAGAUGAACCCAAACAGACAGCAGAGAAUCUCAGUGAUGUCACUGUGGAGCCACAAAAUAAAGAGCUAUCAGUGAAGGCUAUUGAAACAGUUCAAGAACCAGAAGCACCAGAGUCUGUUCAAGCAUCCACAGAUUCAGAGGAGGGCAGUGUUCAAUCACUUCAAAAGGACAUAAUAUCAGUGAAUGUACCAACAGCUGAAACAGAUGCAUAUAAACUCAAAGAGGAAACUGUGCGAACUGAAGUUGAGCCAGAAAAGGAAGAUGAACUAGAAAGAGAUACUGCCAAACCAGAACUACCAGAAGCAUCAGAACCUCUGCAAGCCUCCACAUUGGAUUCGGAGGAGAGUAGUGUUCAAACACCAGAAGGAGAAGUAAAAUCAAAGGACAUUCCAACAACAGAAACAGUUACAGAUGAACCCAAACAGACAGCAGAGAAUCUCAGUGAUGUCACUGUGGAGCCACAAAAUAAAGAGCUAUCAGUGAAGGCUAUUGAAACAGUUCAAGAACCAGAAGCACCAGAGUCUGUUCAAGCAUCCACAGAUUCAGAGGAGGGCAGUGUUCAAUCACUUCAAAAGGACAUAAUAUCAGUGAAUGUACCAACAGCUGAAACAGAUACAUAUAAACUCAAAGAGGAAACUGUGCAAACUGAAGUCAAUGUUGAGCCAGAAAAGGAAGAUGAACUAGAAAGAGAUACUGCCAAACCAGAACUACCAGAAGCAUCAGAACCUCUGCAAGCCUCCUCAUUAGAUUCAGAGGAGGGUAGUGGUCAAUCACCAGAAGAAGUAAAAUCUGAGGACAUUUCACCAUCAGAAACACUUAAAUAUGAACUCAAAAAGGACAUUGUGUCACUAACUGAAGUCUACGUUGAGUCAGAAAAGGAAGCUGAACUAGAGACAGAUGCAGCCAAACCUGAGCAAGUUGAAGUACCAGAGGCACCAGAAGCUGCGCAAGCCUCCACAUUGGAUUCAGAGCAGGGCAGUAUUCAAUCACCAGAACAGAAAGCAAAAUCAGAAGAUAUUCCACGAGCAGCACCAGUUACAGAUGAAGCCAAACAGACAGCAGAACAUCUCACUGAAAUCACACUUAAGCCAGAAAACAAAGAACUACCAGUGAAUGCUGUCAAAACUGUUCAAGAACAAGAGGUAUCAGAGGCUAUUCAUGCAACCACAGAUUCAGAGGGGAACAAUGUUCAGCUACAACCACAGGUCAUAUCAGAGGACGUACCAGAAGCAAAAACCACAGAUGAAAAUGAACUCAAAAAGGAAACAAUUCUUCUCACCAUAGUCAAUCGUGAGCCGCUGGAUGCUGACAAAACCAAACAUGUUCAAGUAACCGAAGCAUCAGAAGCUGUGACAGCCUCUAUAUUGGGUUCAGAGGAUGGCAGUGUUCAAUCACCAGAGGAAAAAGUAAAAUUUGAGGAUAUUUCAAAAGUAGAAACAAUCACAAAUGAAUCCAAAGAGGACAAAAUGCCUUUCACUGAAGCCAAUCUUGAACCAGUGGAUGCUGACAAAUCUGAACAAGUUCAUGUACCAGAAGCAUGGAGAGCUGUGCAGGCCUCCACAUUAGAUUCCAAGGAGAGCAGUGUUCAAUCACCAGAAGAGGAAGCAGAACCAAUUACAGAUGAACCCAAACAGACAGAGAAGCAUCUCACUGAAGGUACUGUUGAUCCAGAAGACAAAGAACUACUAGUAAAUGCUGUCAAAACCCCUCAAGAACCAGAGGCAUUAGAGUCUGUUCAAGCACCCAAAGAUUCAGAGGAGGACAGUGUUCAACCAUUUGAAAAGGAUGUCAUAUUAGAGGAUGCUCCAGAAGCAAAACCAGUUAGAGAUGAACCUAAAAAGGAAGCAAUGCCUCUAGCUGAAUUCAAACUUGAGGUAGUAGAUGCUUCCAAAACUGAUCAAGCUCAAGAACCAGAAGUAUUACAAACUAUACAAGCAGCCACAUUAGAUUCAGUGGAGGGUGGUGUUCAAUUGCUUGAAGAGGAAGUAUUUUCAGAGGAUAUUUUAGUAGUGGAAACAGUUACAGAGGAGCCCAAACAGGAAACUGAAGUGAUGACUGAGCUAGAAGAAAAACUACCGGUGGAAGCCACCAAAAUGGAACAUAUUCAAGAACCUGAGGUAUUACAAACUAUACAAGCAGUGACAUUAGAUUCAGAGGUGGGAAACCUUCUACCACUUGAGCAGCAUGUAAUAUCAAGGCAUAUUCUAGCAGUGGAAAAAGUUACAGAGGAGCCCAAACAGGAAAAUGAAGUGAGGAUUGAGCCAGAAGAAAAACUACUGGUGGAAGCCUCUGAAACAGAACAUGUUCAAGAACCAGAGGCAUUACAAGCUGUACAAGCAGUGACAUUAGCAUCAGAGGUGGGUAGCCUACUACCACUUGAAAAGGAAGUAACAUUAGAAGAUAUCCCAGCAGUAGAAUCAGUUACAGAUGAACCCAAGCAGGAAAUGGUGCCCCUCACUGAGGUCAAACUUGAGGCAGUGGAUACUUCCAAAACUGAAAAUGUUCAAGAACCAGAAGUGUUACAAGCUGUAGAAGCACCAACAUCAGAUUCGAAGGCAGGUAGCCUUCUAUCACUUGAAAAGGAAGUAAUAUCAGAGGAAAUUCCAGCAGUGGAAACAGCUACAGAUGAGCCUAGACAGGAAACUGAACUGAGGGUUGAGCCAGAAGAAAAACUACAAACUGCAGCUGCCAAAACUGAACAUGUUCAAGAACCAGAAUCAUUGUCAUCUGACAACGCAACUGAAACCAAAACUGAGGAAGGGGUAUCAAUGUAUGGGCACGCAGUCACAGAAAAUGUUGAAGGAGGUGAAGCUCAGGAACUUGGGAAGCAAAUAUUGUCAGACUUUCCCAACCCAGAUGCAGACAAUAUCAUUGCUUCAGUUACAGAUGACAUCAAACAUGACAGCAUACCUAAAGUCAUAGAUGAGUUACAAGCAUUAACAGCAGUUUGUGUAUCAGUUAAUGAGGAUGUAGGUCAUGUUCAUGUUCUAGAAAAGACUGAAAUUACUAAAGAAACCCCAACACCUUGUGAAGACAAUGCUGCAGUUACAAAUGAAUCCAAACACGAAGUACAUCUCAGUGCAGUGCAAGUCACUGAGACUACUGUAGAUGAGCAUGCUGUUGUGGCACUAACAGUCCCAUGUCAUUUCAAAGAUGUCUCAGCUGCAAUACCUGAUGUUCUGAUAGAAGAAACAGCAGCCAUUACUGAACCCUUGAUAGACACAGUGACAAGUGAGCUAGUGUUCAAAGAGGGAGUCGAGGCCACCACACCAUUAGUGAAAGAUGCUGUGGCUGAGACAGCAGAGGAAAGCAGUGUGGUUGUGAUAAUGCAUGUGCCAUCAGUGGAGUUUGAGGACAAUCAUACAAAUGGAGUGAAGGUGGUCGAUGCUGAUAUAAAAUCAGCUGAGACAAUUGUGGACACAGUGCUAGAGGCAGGGGUAACUGAGGACAAAGAAGUCAUAGAUGUUUGUCAUGUUAUGGUUACAAAGGUAGACAAUCUCUCCGCAACUCCCAAGCUUGAAAAGGAAUUAACGAAUGAGGAAAACAAGGUGACCAUUCAAGAAGUUAUUCAACAUGUAAUGGAGCACUUACCAGGGACAGUGCCAGAAUCAGUGGUUGUCAACUUGGAAAAAAAAAGUAUAACACAGAGUGAGAUGGUUGAAAGUGAAUCAAAUGACAUGGAGGACCAAAAAGUGAUGGAGGAUAGUACGGUAACAUUCAGGGAAAGACGAGAUGAAGACCUUGCUGUCAUCAGUAACGACUCUGGACAGAAAGUGUCUGAAGAUAUCAUGCAAACACCAGGAGGUUUAGAAGUCUUUAUCCAUGAUCACAAAGACAAUUCUGAGGAAACUAAAGCGGAAUGGGAAAAAUCAGAAGCAGGUGUCACAGCAGAAGAGGUCAGGUCGUCCUCAGAGGAGUUACAUGUGAAAGAAAUGAAUGAAGAAGCACAAAUUACACAAAUAGACCCCAGUCUGAAUGUAACACCUAGCGACACUGGAUUAGCAGUCCCCCAAAACACUGGAAUUAUCUCAUCAAUAAGUAAUGUUGAGUCCCCUUCAAGUCAAGUAAUGUCACCAACGUCCUUGCCAUCUACAACAGAGGGAAAAGGACCCGAGAAAAAAAUAGAAGUGUCGGAGUUCACAGUUCAGGCAGUAGAACCCGUAAACCCAACACGAGUUAAGAGCCAGGAACAGACAGAGCUAACUGAGAUCACUCUUCAGACAACAGAAAUCACAGAACCAGCCACAAACUUGGAUUCAAUGGAAAGAAACGUGAUCACGACUCAACAUGUACUGCUGGAUAUUGAAGUGACUGAAACAGUAGAACUAGUUGAACAUAUCAAAUCAACAGAGAGAGUAACCUCCAGGGUUCAGGUAACAGAAACAAUACAAUCACUGCAGCAAACAGAGCAACGAGAGGUGUUUCUGAGUCAGCAAGUACUCUCUGAAGUUGGUGAUGUAGGGACAAGAGCAGAAGAGCCUGUAACACAAAAAGAGGAGGAAAAUGACCAGGAUGAGUGGAUGGAUGCAGAGGAAGACAUUUACACUCAAGAGGAAACAGAGGUGUCCCUUCAUAGGGUGGAGGAAUCUCCUGAACUUCGGACGGAGAGAGAUCAAGAGGGAUUUGAACAGAAGUUUGAAAUGGCUCCUAGUUCCAAGACUGAGGAAAAAGGAAGUCAACAGGAAAUGUACAAAAUAGCAGAAACAUGUGAAAUUGAUAGUGAAGGUGAAGAUUUUGCUGUUGCACUCGAGCAUCCUGAAGCUGAAACUGCAAGCAUUACUACAAUGGAGUAGGAUUAAGCUCACUCAACUUCAGUGUCAGUAACCGGCUGAACAAUCCAAAAGGAAGCCAUCAACGUUUGUAAGAAGUUUUCAAAAAGCCAUUAAAGAGUAGCACUGACAGUGCCAGAAGAACACUACAGGACACAGCAUUUUGCUGCUUUCAUUUGACAUUAUGUUCAGCCACAAAUGUACCAAUAAUUGCUGGUUAAUUGAUUUGUGAGAUUAUUUUACUAUCAUCAAGCAUGUGAUAAAUGAGAGAGAUGUGGCAACAGAAGUGCUAAUCGACUCAGGGGGUAUGCAGUGUGAUUCAAGAGGUUUGAAAGUAAACUAUUAUACAUCCAUUAUGCAAUGGCCUCUUUCCAUAACUCUAAUGAGUUGUUUGCUUUAGUGCAGUUUAUUAUUUCUCGUCAUGUCAGGUCAUUUUAAUCAUAAAUGAAAUGUUUUUGCAAAGAUCUAUCUUGAUGUGUUUUUGAAAUGAAUGUAUAUGUCUUAAACAGUAGUUCUCAACCUUUAUCAUGUCAAGAACCUUUUAUUCACAUUAGGUCAUCAACACCCCCCAUCCCCAAUCCCCAUGUGAUAAGAUUUUGCUUCAGGGACUUCCAUCUGAAAAAAAUUAGUUGUCAGAUGUGAUUAGGACCAGAAUUAUCUACUUGUCAAAUACAGUUGAGGAGAUAACUGCAGAGGAAGUGAAAACUAUGAUCAGAAUAGUCACUCUGACUCUUACUUACAUUGGGAUCACUUGUAUAGUGAUAUAAAAAGUGAAAAUCGACUAUUCCCCAUUUUUCUGGGGACCCCUGGGAGGCCCCAGACGCCUGGUUGAGAACCACUGGUCUAAAAGAAUAAGACUACUAAGAAUAAGUUUGUGCUUCAAAUUAAUCUGUGUAUUAUUCAAUAAUGUUUGUGACCCAGGCAGAGGACAAACAUUCAUUUCUCUUGACACAAAAGGAUACUUCUGCUAUAUUAGUAUAUGCAGAUAUUUCACAGCCUUCGCUAUUUAUCAUCUGUGUUCAUAAAGUUCUUCGUUAUUCAGUUUUGUUUUAUCAAAUAUGUGUUCUAUGGGAUCUAUGCAGGUAAAAACGGUAGGUAGACUUGAGUGUUAGUAUUGCUGUAUAUUAUUUUGUACAUAAUUUAAAUGCUUAUACGGGCAGAAAUGUGCUUAUUUUGAAUCUGCCAAGAUUUCUACUGUGACAGGUUUUAAGCUGAGAGCAUGAUGAGAGCAUGGCACAUCAUAUUUUAUUUUAAAGUAAGAAUUUACACAAUAUAUUUGAUUUGAAGUUAAUCUUCACAUACAUAUUCAUCAUUAAUAUAACUGUAAUCAGCACAGCCUUAAACAAUGGCAGCUUUAUUUGUCCUGUUUUAUUUCCCAGCUGUUUGUGGAUGAUGACAGGUUGUUGUCAACUGUUUGUCCUAUUUUUUUCCAACAUAUACUGACUUUUAUGGAAAAUUCUUGCUGAUCUGUGAUGUUAACUAAUAACAAAAUGCUUAUGCUUUAUAA